UGGAGGGGGAAACUGUAUGUAAACAACACAGAUCUCUCCCCUGUCAGCUCCACCACACUGCUUUGUAUGGCUCUGCAUAGCACAGCCAUACAAAGCAGUGUACUUACAGUGUAAAGCACAAACACAGCACACAGAAUUACACAGCACAUCGUUAACCCUUUGAUCGCUCCACAUGUUAACCCCUUCCUGCCCAGUGCCAUUAGUACAGUGUCAGUGCUUUUUAUUUGCACUGAUCACUGUAUUGGUGUCACUGGGGAUGUCAGUGACACCAAGUCAGUUAACCCCAGUGUCAGAAUGCACGCAGUCUCACAAU